ACAUUUCCCACUGUGCAUUUCGCGUGUCACGUGACGCGUGGAUGUUUUAUGAUUUUAUCCGCAUGUAGCGGGACACAGUGACCCUGAAGUGAAUCGGGGUGAUUUAAUUUGUCUUGUUGGAGUGUUUGGGGUGUUUUUGCGCUGAUGGGGGCCGCGGACAGCAGGAGCAGAUCUGUGUCUUACGGACUCGAUGAGCAGGACAAUGUCACGGUCAUACACGGAGUAAAGUUGUCUGGUGAUGUUCUUCAGCGGAUGCGGGAGGCUGGAUCAUCAUCAUCAUCAUCAUCAUCAUCAUCACCCAAAGCAGAGAGUGCCAAACCUGAACCAGGGCCGUCCAGACCAUCUGCUUCAGAGACACAGGACGAGGUCAGAAGACGGUUCGAGCGUGAGCAGGCUCUGGUCCAGGAAGAGUUGGCCCGGAUCAGCCGUAGAGAGAGAGAGAUGGCGAGAGACGAUAUAGUGACAGCAAAGACACGGCAGGAACUCGACAAAACACACAAUCUGCCGGAUGAGUUGAGUGUUCGGGCCCGACAGCUGAAGAAGAAAGAAAAUGAACUGAAACAUCUGGAACAGUUUUACAAGGAGCAACUACAUCUGAUGGAGAAGAAGAACACUGAAUACUAUCAGCAGACUGCACACAUGUACGAGCAGGAGGUGCUUAAAGCAGAGGCCACCGUUAAGCCUCGUCGUGUGAGUCCCGUCUGCCCUGAGCUGCAGUCGCAGGUGUUGAGCUGCUACAGACUGAACCCACAGCAGACGCUGCACUGCUCACAGCUGGCCAAAGACUACAUCAGCUGCAUCAACACCUCCAAGAAGAACUUGCUGGUGAACCACGGAUGAAGAUGAUGAUGGUUGGUGCUGAAGAAGAGGAGCCGCAUUAGAGGAUGUUUGUGUGUGUGUGUGUGCGUAUCAGGAUUGUGUUGGUUUGUUGAGCUGAUCUUCAUUUACUGUGAGCAAAUAAAGUCUCUUCAGCGUCUGUUUCUCUCUUCAGUCUC